ACCCCGAUUGUGUGGCUUCCAAUCAGAGCGUUCUCCCGCUACCUCCGAGCCUCUCGGCCCUCAGGCUCUGACCUUAAAUGGGAUCUGCCGCACUCCUGCUCUCUAUCUCUCUCUCUGCAACGACUGGGUUACCGACGCAGCCGCCCUCAGCCAGGUGCGCGCGUCUUCUUUGGGCCCUUCGCUGGUGACGAGCGCCCACUAGGUUGGCUGUGUGCUGAUGCUAUUUGUGUUUAAGUACUUCCACCUGGUGUUAAUCUUUUGGGAGUGGAAUCUCUGAGACCUCUGAGGUGUGCCUUUCUGGCAUCAAGUUUAACUGCAACGAUCAGAGGGUUUCUGGUGCCUGCUCAUUCUGAAUGGCAGACCUUACGGACAUCGGUUGCUGCAGUUGCUUUAGCUUUUUAAGGAAGCCCAGUGUACCUGUACGUCAACAUCAGGAUGCUGAUGGCAUGUUAUCUGAAGAUUUACUGAAGCGUCAAUCAGCUGAAGAUCCUGAUGGAAGUUUCUACACUGGGGAUGAUCCUGAUGUAAGCUUUUAUAACGGGGAUGAUCUUGAUAGAAGCUUCUACAAUGGAGAUGAUCCUGAUAGAAGCUUUUACGAUAGAGAUGAUACUGAUUAUAUUGAGGGAAGCGAUGAUGGACCACCAAGGAAGAGUUCUGAAGAUAUUGUACAGUUAAGAACUCAAAAUGGCUUUGCAUGUAGAGAAAUCUCAGUUAAAGAGACUAAAAAAGUAUUUCGCUCAGAGGAUGAAAAUGGUAAUAAGAUGGUCAAUCAAUAUGUCCACUUGGGAAAGAUUGGUUCUGGAAGCUACGGAAAAGUGGUUCUGUACAGAAACAUUAAAGAUGGGAAGUUGUAUGCCAUCAAGGUUCUGAAUAAGCCUUACAUGAUGAAAGUACGUGUUGUACGCACAGAAACUGCCAUGACAGAUGUUCUUCGGGAGGUGUCCAUAAUGAAAAUGCUGAAUCACCCUAACAUUGUCAAUCUUGUUGAAGUGAUUGAUGACCCAAACAUAGAUAAAUUCUACAUGGUUCUUGACUAUGUUGAAGGAAAAAUGGUUUGCGAUAAUGGUUUAGAAGAAGGUACUGCAAGAAAUUAUUUGCGAGACAUAAUAUCUGGUCUUAUGUAUCUUCACUCUCAUAAUGUUAUUCAUGGUGAUAUCAAACCAGACAAUCUCUUGGUUACCAGUGCCGGCAAUGUGAAGAUUGGGGAUUUCAGUGUUAGCCAGGUUUUUGAGGAUGAUGAUGAUAUGCUUUGGAGAUCUCCUGGCACUCCUGUUUUCACUGCCCCGGAGUGCUGUCAAGGUUCAGCCUACCAUGGUCGGGCCUCUGAUACAUGGGCAGUUGGUGUAACUUUAUAUUGUAUGGUUUCUGGGCAUUAUCCAUUUCUUGGGGAUACAUUGCAGGAAACUUAUGAUAAGAUUGCCAAUGAUCCUGUGCAAAUACCUGGAGACAUGAACCCCCAACUUGCUGAUUUGCUCCUAAGGCUUCUCUGCAAAGAUCCAGGGGAUCGCAUCACGCUGCAGGCUGCGGCUGAGCAUCCUUGGGUUGCUGGUGAUGAGGGGCCAGUCCCUGAAUUCAUCUGUAGAUGUGGGUUUGGCCGCAGGAAGAGGAAUGAUGUCCGCGAAGAAGUACAAUAACAAAGCAUCCUCGGAUAGUCCACAGGUCUAGUGUAGAUAAUUGAUAAAGGUUGGCAAAACGUAGCCCUGACGAUGAGUUUGUUUUUUGUUUGUUUGUUUGUUUGUUUGUUUGUUGUUUCGUGUUCCUAAUUUCCAACGAGUGUUGGGCGCUCGACUGAACAUGUUUCUUUUAGUAAGAGAAUCUCGAGUGUAACCCUAAUGACAGUAAAACCCACCGUCUGCCCCCAAUUUUUUGUUGCCCUGUAUAGGACAUACAUACGGUCAGAAACCACCAAGGUGCCGUAAACCUGCACUGCCAUUCAGAUAGUGUGAGAA